AUGCAUAGGUUUUGUGAGAGUUGUAUGAGUCCUCGAAUAGCAGCUGGUAAUCUGAGAUGUCCCCGGUGCAAUAUGCAACUUGAUCAAAACCAGCCUGUUUGUUAUGAUUCGAAUUUCCAAGAUAUUAUAACCAAGAUAGAUUUUGACUUGAAUACUGUUCAUGAUUUGUUAACCAGAAAACCUCAUUCCGCUUGUGAGUUUUCGAGUAUUAUGCUCCUGAGGUUUUUCCUAUAUUUAGCUAGUGAUGAAGAGUACAUGGAUAUGUGUGAUGUGUCUGAGGAGCGUCGCAAAAUUAUACGAAAGAAAUUGGCACCUCAAAGUAGGAUACAUCCGCUAGCGGCUGAACAUGCGUUCUACUGGGAUCGAAAGUUCCAAGGAAGUAAUGCGUUAGUGCAGCGAUACUUGAAGAAGAUGGGAUUACCUCAUCAUGAUCCUCCUCUUCCUUUGCCGAAAAUUCCCGAACAUGAUGGUGGUGAAAUAGAAGAGAGGCGGCCGUUUCGAAUUUAUGGCAAUCUAAUCAAUCAUGUUCCUCCUCCUCUUCGUGAUAAGCGGAUCCGGGACGGUGCUAGUGGAGCUUAUGAUGCUGAGUACAAGUUGUUCGAGGCAAGUUUCAGUCGCAUGCAUAAUCUCCCUUUUUUCUUUUCAUGUGUUUCUGCCUUCGUACUUUCGCUUUUGAUUUGGUCCUUGACCCAGAGUUUGAUUAUUGAUUGCAACAAAGAUCAUGUUUGGCCAACGAUCGAGAAGAAAGAACCCAACAGAUUUGGUAUUACUGCCGAAUACAGAAAAAGUCUGUUGAAAAUGCGUCGUAUGUUUCGAUCGAAACCGCGAGCUGCUGAAAGUUCUGUGAGUGAGUGUACAGAAAUAGAAUCUGGAGAUGAGAAACCUGCAACGAGCGAUGGAAAAUCCAAACAUGAUCCAUUGGAGAAAGUUGAGGCUGAGGUGGAUGUUUUUCUGGAAAAGGAGGCGAAUGGCGAGUCAUCGAGUAAUGGAUCUCUAGAUUCAGAGGAUGUCACUGAUAUGAUCUGCGAACGCCACCAUUUGUUUCUCAAUCGACAAGCGACCCAAAUCGUGGAAGUAGUGUUACGACCGAAUCGUAACCCGAAAUCCUCUUCUCGUAUCAUCUCCACGCGGGAGCUGACGUCGUUUUAUCUGUUUGUGGAUGAAGCUGCCACUGUCGCUCAUUUGCAGCAGUUUGUUUUAAUGCGGAUCAACAGUCUGUACCCGAAAACUGAGCGACGGGGAUAG